AAAUCAUUUCACCAGUUUCUUUUCACGAAUACCGAGAGAAACCGAAGUGUGUUCUUCGUGUUCUUCGUAAUCAAACGAGGAUUUGGAGGUGUUAUUGGAAUCCGAUGGAGGUGUAUGAAUAGUCAAAAUGAAGCUACCGACGCGUAGAAUCUAGUUUAAUCAUCCGUUUGUGUGCAGAUUCAACAGAAUUGAAAUGGCUGGUGAUAUGGAAUCAAAUAAUUCAUCGGUACUAGAAAGAGGCGCUGGAAAAAAUAAAAGGAAAUGGACAGAAGAAGAAGAUGAAAAACUAGUCGAAGCUUUGAUGGAACUUGUGAAUACCGGAAAGUUCAAAGCGGACAAUGGCUUUAAACCUGGAUACCUGACAUUUCUUGAGAGUUCACUGCAAACCAAGCUUCCUACAGCACGUAUAAAGGGAAAGCCUCAUAUAGAGUCUCGAAUGAAGACACUAAAAAAGGAUUUCAGUGCUGUGUACGACAUCAGCUAUGGAGCAAACAGUUCGGGGUUUGGAUGGAACGCAGAAGACAAUGUUGUUACGGCGCCGAGGGAUGUUUGGGUUCAAUAUCUUAAGGUUCAUCCUGGAGCAGCAAAAUGGCAGAAUACUGCCAUGCCAUCAUUCAAAGAACUUUCAGUUAUUUUUGGAAAAGAUAGAGCAACCGGAAAUAUGGCUGAAAAUCUUGAAGAUGUGGUAGAAGAAUUGAACACUGAAGCUGCUGAUGAAUUAUCUCUUCAGGAGGACCUGCAACGAAGCACACAUUCAGACGAGUCAACAAGCAAGAAAAGGAAGAAAGGAAAUGUAGAAUCAUUGUUGGAAGCUGUGUAUGCUGCUUCGGACAGGAUUGCCAAUCAGUUUGAGGCGUCAACCAAGUUACUUAUUGCAGCAGAAGAAGAUAUGAUGCAGAAAAAGAAGCAAUUAAAUGACGAACUAUCAAAAAUUCCAAAUCUCACGGUAUUGCAGAAGCUUCAAGUUGCAAAGAAAAUAGCCAAGGACGAAGAUCUUAUGAUAUUGUUUUUUGCAGCACCGGCCGAGGAAAAAAUCAUCUUUGUUCAUGCUGUUCUAGAUAACCAGAUUUGAGCAAACUUUGUUAUUAAGAACCUUUGUUUUUGUUAGGUCCAAUCAGACGUAGAAG